AUGUCUCACACCCAACCAUCUCCCACAGCGGGCGUGGCUCCUCACCAUGCCGCCGCCCAUCUCGCUGCACACGCGCAGGCCAAUGGCCACAUGCCUGCCAUCCCAGUUGCUGGUCAGAAGGGAGUUCCUCCUUUGACGACCGCUCAAAAGAUCGCCGCGCUUAAUGAGCAGGUUUGGCUCCAAAUAGGAAGCUUGACCGAAUUGAUGGGCGAUUUGGAAGGCGCUAUGAAUGCUUAUGAACAGGCUCUGCGUCACAACCAGUGGUCUAUUCCAGCUAUGAACGCCAUCUCGUGUAUCCUUCGGACAAAGGAACAGUUCCCCAAAGCGAUUGAGUACCUGCAAAAUAUUUUGAAGCUCGACCCGAGCAGCGGAGAGACUUGGGGUAGCUUGGGCCACUGUCACCUUAUGAUGGAUAAUCUGCAGGAGGCAUACACUUCUUAUCAGCAAGCUCUUUACCACUUGCGCGACCCUAAGGAACCCAAGCUUUGGUACGGCAUUGGUAUUUUGUACGAUCGCUACGGCUCGUUGGACCACGCCGAAGAAGCUUUCUCGCAGGUCAUGCGCAUGGCCCCCGAAUUCGAGAAGGCCAACGAAAUCUACUUCCGCCUCGGAAUAAUAUACAAGCAGCAGCAGAAGUUCAGCCAGAGCUUGGAGCGACCCCCGCGCCCGCUGACCGAAGAAGAUAUCUGGUUCCAGAUCGGUCAUGUCCACGAGCAACAGAAGGAUUAUGACUCCGCUCAAUCCGCUUACCAGCGUGUGCUCGAGCGGGAUCCGAACCAUGCCAAGGUUCUUCAACAGCUUGGCUGGCUUUACCACCAGCAGAGCCCUGGUUUCCAAAGCCAAGAGAAGGCUAUCCAGUUCUUGGAGAAGUCUGUCAAUGCUGAUAAUACUGAUGCCCAAAGCUGGUACCUUCUCGGUCGCUGCUACAUGUCUCUCGCGAAAUACCCCAAGGCAUACGAAGCUUACCAACAAGCUGUCUACCGCGACGGCCGCAACCCUACCUUCUGGUGCUCGAUUGGUGUGCUCUACUACCAAAUCAACCAAUACCGCGAUGCUCUUGACGCGUACUCUCGCGCUAUCCGCCUGAACCCCUACAUUUCGGAGGUCUGGUAUGACCUGGGUACUCUGUACGAAUCUUGCAACAACCAGAUCGCCGAUGCGUUGGAUGCUUAUGGUCGUGCCGCGGACCUUGACCCGAGCAACGUUCACAUCAAGACUCGUCUCCAACUUCUGCAAACUCAGCUGUCCGCCGGCACUGCCGGUCAGCAGCCACCCAACGCCCCCGCUCCUCAGCCGCAAGAUGUUCAUCCUCAGGCCUACCAGGCACCGGGAGUUGGACAGCCACCAGCGCCGCAAUGGGGCGCCCCUGCUCCCAUCGGACCCCCUCCACAAGCUCCCGCUCCUCCAAGAUCGAUUCCCGACUGGAACCGUGGUAUCAAUGAGCUUCAGUCACAGCCCCAGGGUCCUCCCUCCAACGGUCUUGACCAGCGCGAUGCUCGCCUUCCCGGUGUUCCCGGACAGAGCCCCCGCCAGGAGCCUGGUCGGGCAUUCCCUGACCCCCGUGUUGCGGGCCGCUCUCCCAAGAUGGGCGAACCCAGCCCAUACCCAUCCCAUCACACUCUUCCCCAGAUCGCAAAUGCGCCCACUCCGGGUCACGAGCGAGCUCCUAGUGGCGGCAACACGUUUGGUGUCCCACGCGGCGCCCUCCCUCCUGGUCCUCCCGGUCCUCCUGGUGCUAACGGCGGUGCUCCUCCCCCUCCUUACCAGGGCCGUCCUUUCAGCCCCGCUCCUGAAAUUCGCCCUAUUCGCGAUGAGCGCCCUUCAUCUCCAGGAUCCGGAUACCCUCACCAACAGUUCCACCCUGGCCCCGCCCUUACUCCCCAAGUGCCAGGUGGUAACUCAAUUGCUUCUGGUGCUCCAGCACCUUCCUCUGCUGCUACUGCCGCAGAUGCCGCCGCGCGUGACCGCGAAGAUCGCCCCAGCUCUGCCAUGAAGCGCGGUCGUGAAUGGGAGGCCGACGCUGGCCCAAUCAAGAAGCUUGCUAGCGACGAGAACCGCGCCCGUCUUGAUGACCAGAACACCCGUCGCCCCAGCCCCCCGGCUCGUUUGCCUUCUCCUGGCGAGAUGCAACGGCGUAGCUCUUCGGAGGCUCGUCGCGAGGACGCUCGUCGUGCCAACGAAAACUACCACCCUUCUGAGGCCGCUCACCACCCUCCUACCCUCCCUUCCAUUCAAGAUAUGCCUCCUCACGGCUCCACUGGGCCCAGUCUCCCUCCCAUGACUGAAGGCUCCGCUCCCGCUUCCAACGGUCCUGCCUCUGGACCUCCCUCUGCUGCCACCCCGGUCAAGGAGGAGGCACCGCGCCCCGAGGCGCCCCCAGCACACGAGCCUCCAGCGCGCAAGAUGGAUGUUGAUGAGGAUUACGAUGACGAAGUCGAAGAGGAGCGAAAGGCUGCUGCUGUCCCCAAGGGUAGCCCAAAUGGUAGUGCUGCAGGCAACCCAGCCAACGGCACUAGUGUCCGCCCAGGAACCCCAUCCAAGACAGAGCCUUCAGCCUAA